AUGAAGAAAUUUGCAGACCAUAUGCGCGUGUUUAUUGGCCGCAAUAUGAAUGCAGCUCUCCUGGAACAGUCCCCUGAAAAUCUGGUGGAGAUCUUGCAGCUAAAAAGUCAUGAACUUUACGACAGCCACAACUUUCUUCGGUUCAUUCUGCACAUUGAAUCGUACCAAGACCCGCUAGGACAUCCAUAUUCAAACAAACAGACCAUCGACCUCUUGAAAGCGAAUGAAUUGUUAGGUGUGAGUUUUCAACAAGCAGCGAUCUUCGAACCAAUCAAGGAUAUCGAGGGUCAUACGGGACGGCUCGCCACAAAUUUGCAGUCGGAACUCUUUGCAGAAUAUGAAUUGACACCCUUUGCUCUGAUGAACGAGCUCACAAGUUCUGUGAACGACCUGCGAGUGAAUGAACGCUACCUCACUUUGUUGAAAAGCUAUACUGUGUUCUAUAUUGCCCGUCAUGGUCUGGGUGACGUUUUGCUGAACAAGGUUAUUGCGAAAUCAAAUGCUGAAAUUCUGCAAGCAGUUCAUCGGUGGUCACCACAAUAUAUAGAACGUCGUCACAAACGUACUAAAAAGAAAGCUGACCAACCAGUUUAG